UCGAGAAUAGUACCGUUAUUAGUUGCCCAUUCCUCAAGUUUCGUCCAUCCACACAUGAAUCAACGCGUCACUCGGAGCAUGCGCAAGACGAGAAGCUUCUCCCGCCCCGCCGCAACAACAACAAUCUAUUGCAAAGUGCCUCGAAAGACUGGUGGCGCUGCUUUGAUCAAAAAGGAACGCAAACAGCAGGGGGCUGCGACGCCAGUAAAACCGGCCACGCCCACGAUCGACGGUGGCCUAUGUACACCCCCUCGCAAACUCCCGCGAACGCGAUUGAACGUGUCCCCACCCACGAAACUCCUCGCCCCACACGUUUCCCCAUUCUCGUCACCACGCCAGCCCCCCCCCAUCAUGAACACGCCUCCUUCCAGCUUGCUUUCCACCGCCUUGUGUGCCUUUGGCCUCACCCCAGUCGUUGACAUGCAUGGAGAUUGCAUUAUGGUCAAUCUUCCAGCGUCGGAAACCAACGCCUCGUACGAGGUGUCGCUGUUAAAAACGUCAACCGAAGAUCACUUUGCGUUCUGUCGAGACCGCAGCGGCGACGUCUGCCGCUUUGGCACGUACGAAUUGCAAGGGCCAUACCCGCUAACUCAGCUGACCCGGGCGCUUGUAAAACGAGAGUUCAGUGACUUUCGAUUAGAAUUAACGAGUAAUGGCCCCAAGGAGCGUCGGUGUGGGAUCUAUGCCUUGCGUGGGGGCGCCGCCAUCGUAUAUCCAGGCAGCCGACCUGCUGUAGUCAGUCAGCAUUUCGAAAAAUAACGUUAAGCUUCGACGAAUUUAUUGAGCAUUCCUUUUGAUGGACGUCAGGCUAUCGGUACUGCACACAGUAAGUACUCUGGAGUACAAGUAAUUGGCUACAUUUUCUAACAAUUAGUACCAAACAAAACAGAAACAAAAAUCCACAAUUCAAAAUAAAAAUGAUUAUGAAGCGAUCGGAUUGGCUGAUACUGUCCAAUCACAUGGCAUUCUAUUCCCACCAAUCAAUUGAAGUUGGUGGCGCUUGGUGUGAAAGCAAAAACGAACGAACAGCAUGGGGCGUCGGGCACGACAGAGCGCAAAGACUGGCGAUGGCGGGGCCGAGCGGCGGCUGGCGAAGAAGCUCGACCAGCAGCGCAACAAUAAGACUAAGAACUUCUCGAAAACUGACGACGAUCUGGUCUUCCAUGACGAUCCGUCGGACGGAGAGGACAUUCCCGUGGACGAAGGCAGCAGCGACGAGGACGCAGGCAGCGAGCAGGAGUUGAUGCAGUUGAACGAAGACACGGAAAGCGAGCACGAGAGUGACUUGGAAGAGCGUGACGACUUGGAUGACGAGGACGUGGACGAGGAAGGAUUUGCCGCCGAGAAGGAACGCGCGUUGAAACUCAAGGAUCAGUGGGGGUCGUCAAAGAAGCAGUUUUACUCGGCCGACACGGCAGAUUACGAGAUGGAUUCUGACAUGGAGGAAAUCGCCCAGGACGAAGAGGAAGCGGCUCUGGAACUGCAACGCAAGCAGGCCGACCUCAUGGACGAAGACGACUUUGCAGUCGGUGGCGCCGCGGACGAUGCCGCCCUUCCCGACCAAGAUGAGGAAGCGCGAGUGGAGGAUGAAUUGGCGGAUAUUCCCCUAGUCUACGACCAAGAUUCGUCGAUCGAAGCCGUGCAAAAGGACUUUUCCAAACUCACCAAGAACGACAAGCUCGCGUUUGUGCAGCAAACGUCCCCCGAGCUGCUCGGGUUAUUGGACGAACUGCAGCUGUACUUGGCGCAAUACACAGAGAACAUUCGGCCGGCGAUUGAAAAGCUCGAGCUCAAAACCACACGUCAGAACAAGUCGAACGAGGCGCUUGCCACGGGGUUGGCGUACUUGAAGACCAAGGAAGCGCUCGUGUUGAACUACACGACCAACAUUUCGUUUUACCUGCACUGCAAAGCCCAGGGCAAAGUGAUGGUCGACCACCCCGUGUUGAACCAUAUAUUAACGCUCCAGGACAAGUUGAGCGUGUGCGACAAGAUCGAUCAGCCGCUCGACGACCAACUCGACGCGCUGCUCAACGACCAAGACGUGUCGGAAGACGAUGAGGAACAUGACGAUGGACUGGGCGCGUUCUUUCACACAGAUGACGUGGCGUCACCACCACCCAUCACUACCUCGACGAAGAGCAACGCCGCCGCCCAGAAGAAGCGCAAGCAUGCCGAGGACGAAGCACCACCAGCGUUGACGGUGGAUGAAGCCGCCGCGGAAGCGUUUUACAACUCGGUGGUGGAGUCCAAGAACGCCCACAAGUCGCUCAAGGGCGAGUUUUACACGCACGAGCCCAAGAUCGUCGAGCCCGAGUUUGACAGCGACGACGAUGACGACAAGAAGCGCGGCGCGACGUACCAAAUGAUCAAGAACAAGGGGCUCAAGGCGCACAAGUCCAAGAUCAACCGCAACCCCCGCGUGAAGAAGCGUCUGCAGUACAAGAAGGCGCUGGUGCGACGAAAGGGACAGGUCCGCGAAGUGCGCACGGGCGAAGCGGCGCGGUACGGCGGCGAAAUGACCGGGAUCAAGUCCAACAUCACGCGCAGUCGCAAGCUGUAAACAUCAAUACAAGUCAAUAUCGAAA